AUGGCUUCAUCCAGCAGUUCUACAAACAAUGGUGCAAUUAUUGUUGACGCAUUAAUCGGUUCUACCGAUGAUGACGGACAUGAACGCAUCGAUGAGUCAACUGAUGGAGAUAUAACCAGCCAUGUAUACAUAACAACUGAUGGAACAAAGUUCUGGAAAUCUUUGGUGUCUCCUGAAUAUACACCUACUAUCGGAAUGGUUUUUGACACAUGGAGCGACGUUGAGAAUAUGCACAAGUCUUAUGCUGAGAGGUCUGGGUUUUUUGUACGUUUGGGUGCCAUGAAGAAAAAUGGAACGGUUGUUACACAUAGGUAUAUGCAAUGUACCAGAUCCAGUAAACCUAAGCAAACACAACUUGAAUCGAUGGACCCUAGUGCUUUUAAAGUAUCUCGAAGUAGCAGCUACAAAGUUACUGAUUGCAGGGCGCGGCUAAAGCUUAAAGCUAUCUCAGGCACUACAAAAUUCUUCAUUUAUGGUUUUAUUGAAGCUCAUAAUCAUGGAUUGGUCGACAAGGACUUUACCAGAAAAAGGAGGAAACUUAGUUAUGAAGACCAGAGGUUCAUUCACAAAUUAAGCUUGAACAAAAUUGGCCCUAAUGUCGCGCAUAAGAUUCAAGCUUCGUUUAAGGGUGGGCACCAUAAUGUACAAGGAACUGUAGUAGAAUUCAAAAAUUUCACUAGAGAUCUACUGUCUUUUAUCGGCAAGAAGGAUGCACAAAUGGUUGUUGAUACGUUAAAAGCUCGUAUGAUAAACCUGCCAAAUUUCUUUUUUGAAUGUGUGGUGGUUGACGGUGAGUUAAGAUCAUUGUUCUGGGCUGAUGACGUAUCCAAAUGCAAUUACGAAGCCUUCGGAGAUGUGUAUAACAUGAUAUUUGUUCCGUUUACCUGUGUCGAUCACCAUAAAAAGUGUGUCACAUUUGGUGUUGGGCUAUUAUACGAUGAAACAUUUGGUUCUUACACGUGGUUGCUUACCACAUUCCUUAAAGCUGAUAACACUAAGCAACCAACAUUGGUGUUGACCGAUCAGGAUGCUGCGAUGAAACAAGCAGUUUCUGGUUUCAUUCCGUUUUUUCUGUUUUUGCAUAUGGCAGAAAACUCAUCUUCUCACCGACAGCCUGGUCCUCGACCAAAUGUCGGAAACAAUUUACCAGUCGAGGGGAUAGUCGAAGAGGCCUCCGACGAUAAUGAAAUCCAAUCUAAUGGAGCGAAUGACCCUGUUACUCCAGGGAUAUUUCCAGUAAAUCCCGCUUAA